AUUCAUCAAUAUAAUUUGUUACAACGCCAUACAUAGAAAUAAACCAUAGUAUUUUAACCAUUCACGUGACGAAUUAAUAUUAGGAAUGGGUAGUGAUAAUGUCGUCGUAGUUGCGGAUGGCCGAGAUGGCGAGGCGAGGAGGAUAGUGGUGGCCGUGGAUGAGAGUGAAGAGAGCAUGUACGCUUUGUCAUGGUGCCUUAACAACAUCGUUCAACGACAACCACGAAAUUAUUGUAAGGAUGCCCUUGUACUCCUCCAUGCCAAGCGACCUACUGUUGUGUACCCUGGCUUGGAUAGCUCAGCAUAUUUGAGCUCCCAUGAUGCUUUAUCAUCACUAGAUAGGCGGGACAAUGAAAUGGCAUGUUGGAUCCUUCAGAAGGCCGAUAAGCUUUGUGCGGAGCAUGAUGUGAAAGUCGAGAAAAAGGUAGAAGAAGGGGAUCCAGGGGAUGUAAUAUGUGAGAUGGUGAAAGUUUUGAAGGCGGACUUGCUUGUCAUGGGAAGCCAUGGGUAUAGUCAACUCGCCAGGGCGAUAAUGAGGAGUGUGAGCCAUCACUGCGUCCAAAAUGCGAGCUGCCCUGUUUUAGUUGUUAAGAUGCCAAAAUAAAAUGCUCGUCUUGGCUAUGCGAAAAAAAGAGAAUACGAACCAUUAUUUUCAUCAAUAUAUGUUACUGCUAGUAAAAAUACAGAAAAUACAAGUUUAUCAAUAUGAUAAACAAAAUCUGUUUAUUAAAUGGCAAAAUUGUAAACAAAUCGACAACUUUUUAUUAAAUAUAGGGUCAUUGUUGUUGAUAGGGCCCACUGUUGAUAUAUUUACGAAAAUGUCAUGCUAACAGGACAUUUAUGUUGUUUUAUUUACCAUUUUGCCAUAUGAUAAACAGAUUUUGUCUAUCAAAUUGAUUAAGUGGAGCUUCCUCGUAAAAAUUCUAGUCAAGGACUUGAAUUUCACAUAUCCGUUAUACAGUUGAAGUAUGAUUUUUUAUUUAUUUUUUGCCUUAAAGUGAGCUAUACGAUAAUAUGAUUAAUUUUGUAUAAUGUUCUUAUGCCCAAAGAUUGAACCAAAUUCUGAAAUUAUUGUAUUAGUCCAAGCCAUUUGUCAAGGAAA